AUGACGCGGCGUGAGGUCUGGCGCGGCUCAACGUUUUCGGUCCGAGGCGGAUCGCUCGACCUCGCGCUCCAGCAGCGCUCGUCGGACGUGAUUCUCGGGCUGCCGCACGACGCGUACGUCUGGUCGGUGAUCCUCCACCUCGUGGCCCGGGAGGUGCGCCGCCGCACUGACGGCGAGGUGGCGCUGAGCGCUGGUCGUCUCAGCAUUCACCUCCCCGCUGGCAGCGCACAUGCGUACGCUGUGAAUGAGGAUGCCCUGCGAGAGCUGUCUCGCCGUGCGCCGAAGGGCGGUGUUGCCCCACGGGUGCUUCUGCGUCGGGACGCACCCGGCCUCUUCGAACUUGCAGCGCUGGACGAUUCGCCAGCGAUGCUUAGAGUGGAGGGCUACGAUGAUUCGUGCUGCCACCCGCGAAUUGUGGUCGCGCAGGCGAAUGGAUGA